UGAUUGUUUUGCUCUUCCCUCCCCCUUUCUUUCACCUUAAUAACAACGAAAUGGCUGCCAGUGAUCACCUUUGUCUUUCCAAGGAUUGUGGCAAAACUGCCACUCUUCAAUGUCCUACUUGUAUCAAGUUGAAAAUUGAAGGUUCUUACUUUUGUUCUCAAGAUUGCUUUAAAUCAAACUGGAAUCAACACAAGUUAGUCCACAAAGCAAAGCUUGAGAGUCAACCUCAUGACCCUUUCCCCAAUUACCGUUACACUGGUGAGCUCAAGGCUGUCUACCCUCUUUCACCCAGACGUGAAGUUCCUGAAGGCAUUAUGCGUCCCGAUUAUUCUGAGACUAGUAUUCCUGUCUCUGAACAAAACGUCCGUAACAGCUCCACCAUCAAAAUCUGUAACGAUGAAGAAAUUGAGGGUAUGCGUAAAGUCUGCAAGAUCUCUAGAGAGGUUUUGGAUAUUGGUGCAGCUGCUAUUCGUGCUGGUAUUACCACUGAUGAAAUUGACGAGAUUAUUCAUAAAGCAACCAUCGAACGUGGUGCCUAUCCUUCACCUUUAAAUUACUACAAGUUCCCCAAGUCUGUCUGCACUUCUGUCAAUGAAGUGAUUUGUCAUGGUAUUCCCGAUAAGCGUCCCUUGAAGGAUGGUGAUAUUGUUAACCUUGAUGUGACCUGUUACUAUGGUGGAUUCCAUGGUGAUAUGAAUGCUACUUACUGUGUCGGUAAUGUGGAUGCCAAGGGAAAGCAAUUGAUUCAAACCGCCAAAGAAUGUUUAGACAAGGCUAUUGCUAUGGUCAAGCCCGGUGUCAGAUACCGUGAUUUCGGUAAGGUGAUUGAAGACCAUGCCAAGAAAAACGGAUUCUCUGUUGUUCGUACUUUCUGUGGUCAUGGUAUUAACCAACUUUUCCAUUGUGCUCCUAAUGUUCCUCAUUAUAGCAACAAUAAGGCUGUUGGCAUUAUGAAGGCUGGCCAUUGCUUUACCAUUGAGCCCAUGAUUUGUGAAGGUGGAUGGAGAGAUGAGAUCUGGCCCGAUAACUGGACCGCUGUGACCUCGGAUGGUAAGCGUUCAGCUCAAUUCGAACAUACCUUGCUUGUGACAGAGACUGGUUGUGAAAUUUUAACCAAAUAAUUGUCCCUUCAUUUAUUUAUUUUACAUGUAUCUCAUAUUAUAUACGUUCCUCCCCUUUCCCCAAAUACACAUUUCAUACUUUUGCCCGUCAUAGAUAAUUUUGUUGUUGUUGUUGUUGUAAAUGGUUUAUUUAACUGAUGUAAAAAAAAAAAAAAGUAAAUGUGCCAAUCAUCAUG